CCGAAGUCCACCUCCACUCAUCCACCCUGCGCACAUCCUCGCAACCCCCGGCACCCCAAUCGCCACAAUGCCCCUCCUACGCCCCAACCCGCGUCUCCUCCUCACAUCGUCACGCGCCCGGCUCCAAAUUCUCCCGAACCUCGCCCAGCAGACCGCCCACCCCCGCCCUCUCACCUCCACAUCCCCCCGCAGCGCCGGCGAUGCGCAUGGCCACGAAUCCCAGUACGAUGCACCCGGCGGCUGGCUGUUUGGCGUCAAGCCCGGCGAGAAGUACGAGAAUGAGGGCUGGGAAAACAUCUUCGUCUAUGGCUUUGUGGGGACGUUGCUGUUUGGUGUCGUCGGCUACUGCUACAAGCCGGACACAAGCAUACAAACAUGGGCGCUAGAGGAGGCCCGGAGAAGACUGGAGGCCGAGGGCAUACUGGCGGACCCAGAUACGAAGAGCUGAGUACUGGUACUUUCAAUCUGCGCUCUGGUGACUUCGAACUGCAUGGUUUCGCGAGAUGGACCGAGGAUACAGGACUUGUGGUGGGCUGUCUGUAUAUACGCACUAUUCACGCCUCACAAGGCUGCUAGAGGCACACGUCCUGGCUCACGAGCGGCGUUGGGCGAGUAUUUUCAAUAACAUUACCACUACUUACUCCGAUCG